UCUACCGGACUCCAAAUCUAAAGCAAAAUCGAAAACCCUUUCACGUCCACCGUUCGAUCUGCACACUUGUCAAACAUCCUAUGUGGUCGGACCCUGCUGAUUUCCCCUUCCUCCCAUCGCCCUCCCCGUCCUUGCUCCUCUCGCCCAUCCCUCCAAGCUACGUCGGAACUCUUCCUCGUCCGAUUCCCCUCUUUGUCUCUCCCUCCUCUUUUGCUUCCCUCUUAUUUCUAAAUUUCUUGAUCUUCCCUUCUUUGCGCGCCAUCAGAAGCUUGCAUGAAAGAACCUUCAUCCGGUUAAGGUGAGUUGAUGGCUCGGAUUCACUGGUUUAAAUGUUCUCUUUCUUCUACAAUUCGUCGGUCUGUGCUCAGGAGCUGUGUGAAAUCUGGCGAUAACAAGUUUCUGUUGUUCUUUUAGACUUUAUUUCUAUCGUUGAUUCGUAUUCUGCUUGAAAGCAAGAGUUUUCUCACUCGGCUAUGCUCCAUAAGGAUUACUUGACAUUAUUUUUCUGAACUUAAUCUGGGAAAGGAAGACGUAGUUGUAAUUUGUUUUUUUAUCUUCUUCGACGACUUGAAGUGAAAUCAACAAUGUCCGAGACAGUCGAGGAGUCUCGGUCUUCAUCCUGUGCGGGUACUGUAGAAGACAGCUGGGUUCCGAAACUUGAUAUGGUGUUUGAGAGUGAUGAGAAAGCCUACCAGUUCUACUGCUUAUACGCCAGAGAGAUUGGUUUUGGUGUUAGGAAAAAUGUAGUGAAGCGGCGGGCUAAUAACACAGUGUAUGCCAGAGGAUUUUGUUGUUACAAGGAAGGAUUCUGCAGGACUACGAAGGAGGGGAAGAAGCCUCGACCAGAUGUGAGAACAGGCUGUUGUGCGCAUAUCAUUGUUAGGCUUUUGGAUGAUGGUAAGUUCCAUGUUACUGAAUUUGAAGCUGAGCAUAACCAUGAGUUGGUGGGUAAGAACCAGGAGACUCAGAUGGAAUCAAGUAAUGGAGUUGGUGCGAUGGCUAAAGUUGGUAGGAGGAAUUUGGGUAGACAGUUUACAAGGAAGUCAAUUCUCAGCAGUUUCAUGCCAUCAAAAUGUGUAGAUCCUUCAAAGUUGGGAUCAGAUAAAUCCCUAGUCCCCGUGGAAGGUGUUGAUAAUGAGAAUUGGUUGCCAAAAAUUGAUAUGGAGUUCGAAGAUGAUGAUGAGGCAUAUGAGUUUUACGUAAACUAUGCCGCCAGAACUGGGUUCAGUGUUCGGAAGAAUCAGCUCAGGCGGAGGACCUCAGGCCUUGUGUAUUCAAGAACAUAUUCUUGUCACAAAGAGGGUCAAAGCCGAAAGAUUACCGAGCAUGAGAAGAGGGGUGAUAAAUUGGUGAGGGGUCCAAAACCAUACGAGAGAACAGGUUGUCUUGCAUCCAUGACCAUUAAAAUUAUGAAGAAUGGCAGGUAUCGUGUUGUGGAGUUUGAGCCAAAGCAUAACCAUCCCCUUGUAAUUCCCUCAAAGUUGCACUUGUUUAGGUGGCGUUGGCAGAGGGAGUUAAUUGGGACUCAGGCUAAUUUAAUGGAAUCUGGAGAUGAUAACGGAAAGCCAUUAGAACCUUUUGAUGGUAAGAAGGAUGAUCAAGAUGGAAGUGAUACGAGCUUUCCUCUUAUUUCUCUUGAUUGUAGGAAUUAUAUACAAUCCAAACGUGCAUACGAAGCCCUUCCAGGGGAUGUAGGAGCUUUGAUGCAAUAUGUGCAAGAAAAACAGGUAGAAGAUCCAUCCUUCUAUUAUGCAUUGCAGCUGGAUCGAAAUGAUAAAGUAGCAAGCAUCUUUUGGGCUGAUGCAAAAUCCAUGUUUGAAUUUGAAUGUUUUGGUGAUGUGCUAUGCUUCGACACAACAUACAAAUAUAGAGAUUAUGGUAGGCCAUUUUCUCCAUUUCUUGGCGUGAACAACCAUAAGCAGACAGUAAUUUUUGGUGCAGCAUUGCUAUAUGAUGAGACGAAAGAAUCUUUUGUGUGGCUGUUUGAGACUUUCAAGACGGCAAUGUCGGGAAAAAAACCACAUGUAGUCUUCACUGAUAGAUGUGAAGACAUGAACAAUGCAAUAGCUGCUGUCUGGCCAGGUACAAUUCAUCGCGUUUGUGCUUGGCACAUCUAUAAUGAUGCCAUGAAGCAUCUAAAUCAUGUAUUUCAAGGCUCAACAACAUUUGCAAAGGAUUUUAGUCAAUGUUUAUAUGAUAUUGAGGAUGAAGAAGAUUUUACAUCUAGGUGGGAAGUUUUGUUAGAAAAGUAUGAUCUUGGCAAUAAUUCUUGGUUGGCCGAGCUCUAUGAAGACAGGGAGAAGUGGUCUUUGGCAUAUGGGAGACAAACAUUCUGUGCUGACAUAAACAGUACACUUACAAAGGAUACUAUGGGAAGUAGACUAAAAAAUGAACUGGAUUUAGAUCUGAAUCUCUUGGACUUCUUCAAGUACUUUGAGAGUAUGUUGAAUGAGAAACGUAAUGCAGAGCUGCAAGCUGAUUAUCGUGGUUGCCAUAGUGCUGUAAAGAUGCCUGCUUCAAAGAUGUUGAGGCAAGCUGCUAACGUAUACACACCUGCAGUUUUUAAGACUUUCCAAAAUGAGUUUGAAUUGUCUAUGGACAUGAUGGUAUACCUCAGUGGCCAGGUUCAGACUACUUAUAUAUACAAAGUUACUAUAGAGGACAGCCCAAAAGAGUAUAUUGUAAGAUUUGACUCUUUUGAUAAUACUUGUAUCUGCAGUUGUAAAAAAUUUGAUUGUAUUGGAAUUCAAUGUCGCCAUGUCAUGAAAGUUUUAGACAUCAUAAAUAUUAAGGAGCUUCCACCCCAAUAUCUGUUGAAGAGGUGGAGAAAGGAUGCUAAGAGCAAGAAUCUCGUAGGCAUUCAAGAAAUUGAAUUGGAAAAUGAAAAUACGCUUGGAGAGCGAUAUAGCCAUUUGCGUGGUAUAUGUAAUAGAAUUGCCGUAAGGGCUGCAGAAACUGUGGACUCUUAUGCGUUCAUUGAAACUUUAUCAAGUGAGGUCUUGGAUCAAGUGUACAAGAUUAUGAAGGGAAAACCACCUGAAAGACAUUAGUGAAGUUGGGUUACUUGGCUGCUAACUGGUGGAAACGUUAUUCUUGUCGGAUCAAUUUAUCUCGGUGGCUUUUCCUCCGUAUCCCUGCCAAUUAAUGAAAAAGUAAUAUGCAUGGCAUCUCCUGCUAAUUUUGGUUGCCAAAUUGCUAUUGAUUUAAGGAUGCAGUAAGAAGAUUCCAUCGAGCUAAAGUCCAGUAUUCACAAUCAUAAAGUUCUGCUACUUAGUAUGCACUAGAUGGAAAAUAAUUGAGCACUUUUCCAAGCUUAGUUACUGUAGAAGUUGAAGGACAAGGAGAAUCCUCAGCUUUCUUCAAUGCUGGGGUUUUACAGGAGCACGAUUGGGUCGAACCCUAAUCUAAUUUUUCUUUACCGAUGUUCAUAUAAACACCAGAUAAAAUACGUAGCAGUCUUUAAGUUACAUCUGCGGACCUUCGAACUCUACUGCUGAUGUUCCUUGUAGAUACUUCAGAUCUGGAAUUCUGUGGUGGUGGUUGACAAUGCCGCAUGCAAGCUGUGCUGCUGCCACAUCACAUGGAUGGCAGCAAUGCUACCCCUUUUAAUUCUUAUAAGAUUUCUUUUUUUAUUUUUAUUUUUAUUGCUGGUCAGGAUUUGUAAAAUUUCUUUAUUUUUUUAUGGUCGUUGGCAAUGUAUGUUGCUGGAAAGCAAAUAAACUUAGGGAUGUGCAUUUAACUGAUUCCAAAUUUAUAAGCUCCAAUGGUUAGAUUGUUUUCUUUAU